CUGAAACGAAAAAAUUUGUGAAAUUUUUUUCUUUUUUUUCAUUCCAUUUUCAUCUGAACACAAGAUUCAAAUAAUCUAUUUUUCUAUCAAAUAAUUUUCGUGUGACCGACGAUUGGAACCAUUGAAAAUAAAAUUUCAAAAUUUUUUUUUAUUGAAUUUUAUUUUUUUCUCAAACUCAAAUAUUAUAAUUCCUGGAAAAACAACAACAACAACAAAAUGUUGAACAGUAGUAGCCUAUCGAGCUUAAGCAUCGACAUGGAAACGGCAUUCUCAUCAAGCCGUUCAUCACCAUUAAAUUGGGAUGAUUGUGAAGAUAAUGCUACAUGCGAUGAUGUUUCAUUACUUGAAGAUGAUGAUGAUGAUGAAUUACAAUCAUUACAGAAACCAUAUUGGCCAUUAUCAUCAUCAUCAAUAUCAAGACGGAAUUAUAGUUUAGUUAUAUUCAAUGAUCGUCUUAUGUCGGAAACAUUAUCAUUAAGUGAUGGUGAAGAUGGUUUGGAUGGUAUUACAACAACAACAACAACAACAGCAUCAAUACCAUCAUCCGCAUCGGCAGCAGCGUCAAUAAAACGUUCAAAUAUACAUUUAUCCAAUGGAUCAUCAUCAAUGAGAGCUAUACGUGCGGCUGCUGCUGCCGCUGCUGCAACAAAUAUACAACAUAAUAGUCAUAAUAAUAAUAGUAGCCAUUAUAAUAAUAAAUUAUCAACAUUAACAAUGCAUUCUAAUCAUAACCAUCAUAAUCAUAAUCAUCAUAAUCAUCAUCAUCAUCCUCAUUUAUCAACAUUGGUCCACCACCACCAUCAUAAUAAUAAUAAUAAUCAUAAUACUUCUGCCGGACGUUCACCUUUAACAUCAGACAUUGACCUUGAGCUGCAAUUUACAACAACAACAAAUACUAUUGGUAAUGGUCUAACAACGACAACAACAACAACAACAACAACAACUACAACAGGAACAUUAUCAUCACCAACAUCAUCAUCAAGUUCAUCAUCAUCAUCAUCAUCUUCUUCUUCAUCGUCAUCAUCAUCAUCUUCAAAUAAUAGUAAUUCUUUAUUAUUUAAUAAUUCAACGACGUCAGCCAUAACAACAAUAAAAGGUACGACAAUUAUCAAUGGAUUGUCAUCGACAAAAUUAAAACAACAACAACAACAACAACCAUCAUUGGCUACAGUAGCUGUACAAAAUUCUACAUUAGCUGCAUUAUUAAAUAAUCCAUGUUUACCACCAACACCACCAUCAUCACAAUGUGGAUCAGAUUCUGAAACACAAAGAAAUACAACCAAUGAAAUUAUUGUCAGUAGUAGUAGUUGUAAUGGAAAUGGUGAUGGAAAUCAAACAACAUCUGGUCGAAUAAAAAAAUCUCGACAACAACAACAACAACAACAACAGAAUUCCACAACAUCAACAACGAUGACAAUAACAAAUGUUGGAUCAUCCACAACAACAACAGCAAUGAAUAAUCAAAGUAUACAUGCUUUAAUAUCGAUUCAACCAAAAAAUGCAACACAUGGUACAGCCGUUAUAUUAACCGAAGAAGAAAAACGUACAUUAAUCGCCGAAGGUUAUCCAAUACCACAACGAUUUCCAUUAACAAAAAGUGAAGAAAGAAGUUUGAAAAAAAUUCGUCGAAAAAUUAAGAAUAAAAUCAGUGCACAAGAAUCUCGUCGUAAGAAAAAAGAAUAUAUGGAAGAAUUGGAAAAACGUGUACAAAUGUUGGAUUCACGUGUACGUGAGCUGGAAAAAGAGAAUAAAGCAUUGAGACAAUUAAAAGUGGCUUAAAUGAAUAUGCAAUUGGAUUUUUUUUAAAUUUAAUUUUGUGGUUCACCAAAAAAAAGACGACGUUCCACCGAUGAAUUG